UGUCAAAAUCCGAGUCCACCAUCAAAUAAACAGUUCGGUAGUUCUAACGAAACACCUCCCUAUACAUUGUCAAGAACCCUAGCAACUUUCUUUCUCUCUCUCACUCUAUAGCCGCUUCAGCUUCUUCUUUUCUCUUUUCAGUGAUCCCCACAAUCUUGAAAGGCUUUUAUUAUCAUCAAGCAAUGGCUGUUGCAUUCCACAACCUCAACUCUGCUUCUGGCCUCAAGAAGCUUGAUGAGUACCUCUUGACUCGCAGUUACAUCUCUGGGUACCAAGCCUCAAAGGAUGAUAUCACUGUGUAUUCAUCUCUAGCAAAAGUUCCAUCAGCUGAAUAUGUUAAUGCAUCUAGGUGGUACAACCACAUCGAUGCACUUUUGAGAAUCUCUGGUGUAUCUGGGGAAGGCGCUGGUGUUACUGUAGAGGGGUCUGCACUAAUCACUGAAGAGGCAGUGGCAACUCCCCCUGCUGCUGACGCUAAGGCCUCAGUUGCUGAAGUAGAAGAUGACGAUGAUGAUGUUGACCUAUUUGGUGAGGAAACUGAAGAGGAAAAGAAGGCUGCUGAAGAACGUGCUGCAGCAGUGAAGGCUUCAGGGAAGAAGAAAGAAUCUGGCAAGUCCUCAGUUCUCUUGGAUGUCAAGCCAUGGGAUGAUGAGACUGACAUGAAAAAGCUUGAAGAAGCUGUCCGAAGUGUUCAUUUGGAAGGAUUGACUUAUGGAGCAUCUAAACUUGUUCCCGUUGGAUAUGGUAUUAAGAAGUUGCAAAUUAUGCUUACCAUUGUGGACGACUUGGUCUCUGUGGAUGAUCUCAUUGAGAAUUAUCUCACGGUUGAACCUAUCAAUGAGUAUGUUCAGAGCUGUGAUAUUGUUGCUUUCAACAAAAUAUGAAUUCUGUUACUCUGGAGUUUUGAUGGAAGUGGGUGGCUAUUCUUACUGAAGAACAGCGAUCAGUAGUUCUAUGUUGCUUCUCCUUGUUACUUUUUUUUCCGUUAAUAGGGUGUACCUGAUAAGGGCAUCCGUUUUGCUCCUUUGGAUGAAUAUUUACAGUUUAUAAUUAUCAGUUUUGAAAAGACUUCACUUUGCUCUCA